GUUUUUAACAUGUGUGAUUUUGUGUAUCUCUUUCCUUUUUAGGCUUAUUUGAAUUACCUUCUUGUGUUAACACCGCAGCUAUCAUCAGUAUGCAUAUUUUCUGCACAGCCCUUGUCUUCGUAUCAUUCUGUUACAUUUAUACAGAAGCAUCAUCAUCAACAUAUCAUAGACCGAUUCAAUGUCAUAAAAGAGGUGGCAGAGUUUGUGGAGCGAAUGGACACAGUUACUUUUCUGAAUGCAGAGCUAAACGAAGAGGAAAAACAACAGUAGCUUGCAAAGGAUUCUGCCCAUGUGGAUGUACAUGCGACCGGAAGAGGAAGUGGGUUUGUGGAGAAGAUGGAAAGAGAUAUCGUAAUGCUUGCAUUGCAGGUUGCUACCACGUGAAGAUCAAAUGUAAUGGCCAAUGCCCAUGUGAUCGCUGUCCAAGGUGUCCUACACGAUCUCGUCCUGUGUGUGCAAGCGAUGGGUUACCAUAUCACAACUACUGUCAUGCACGCUGCAAGGGAUUAAAAAUAGCUUGUCGCGGCAAAUGCCCUUGCAGAAAGCGUUGUAAAUGUAAACAUGAACACGCACCUGUUUGUGGAACGAAUGGGAAAAGUUACAGAAACAAAUGUCGUGCAAGCUGUGCAAAAACUGAAGUGGCGUGUUCUGGAAGGUGCCCUUGUAGAACCAGCUGUGCGUGUCCGAAAAUAUACUUCCCAGUAUGUGGCAGAGACGGAAAGACAUAUAGCAAUAAAUGUAUGGCUACAUGUGCGAAAGUUGCAGUGGAUUGCAUGGGGAAAUGCCCUUGCCGAUCCCAAUGUUAUUGUUCUAAAGAAUAUAAACCUGUUUGCGGUUCUGAUCAUAAAACAUACAAUAAUAAAUGUAUGGCAACUUGUGCAAAAGUUGGAAUAGCUUGCAAUGGAAAGUGUCCAUGUCCACCCCCUUGUGUUUGUACUAAAGAGUACGUCCCUGUAUGUGGAAAAGACCGAAAGACAUACGGAAAUAAAUGUAUGGCAGGAUGUGCAAAAGUUGGAAUAGCUUGCAAUGGAAAGUGUCCAUGUCCACCUCUUUGUGUUUGUACUAAAGAGUACGCCCCUGUAUGUGGAACAGACCGAAACACAUACGGAAAUAAAUGUAUGGCAGGAUGUGCAAAAGUUGGAAUAGCUUGCAAUGGAAAGUGUCCAUGUCCACCCCCUUGUGUUUGUACUAAAGAGUACGCCCCUGUGUGUGGAACAGACCGAAAGACAUACGGAAAUAAAUGUGCGGCAGGAUGUGCAAAAGUUGGAAUAGCUUGCAUUGGAAAGUGUCCAUGUCCGUCCCCUUGUGUUUGUACUAAAGAGUACGCCCCUGUAUGUGGAACAGACCGAAAGACAUACGGAAAUAAAUGUAUGGCAGGAUGUGCAAAAGUUGGAAUAGCUUGCAAUGGAAAGUGUCCAUGUCCACCCCCUUGUGUUUGUACUAAAGAGUAUGCCCCUGUAUGUGGGACAGACAGAAAGACAUACAGCAAUAAAUGUACGGCAGGAUGUGCAAAAAUAAAUAUAAAAUGCAAUGGAAAAUGUCCAUGUAAAGAAGAUUGUGUUUGUACGGCUCACUAUGAUCCUGUCUGUGGUAAAGAUAAGAAGACGUAUGGCAACGCAUGUGUAGCAGGUUGUCAUAAAGUAGACGUAGCGUGUAAUGGGAAGUGUCCGUGUAAGCCACCGUGUAUUUGUACACAAGAACAUGAUCCAGUUUGUGGACAGGACGGAAGAAAUUAUCCCAAUAAAUGUGCAGCUGGUUGUCAUAAUAUCAAAGUUGCAUGUAAAGGUAACUGUCCUUGUGAAGCGCCUUGCGUCUGUACAAAAGAAAUUGAUCCUGUUUGUGGAAAAGAUGGUAAAGAAUACAGUAAUAAAUGUGUGGCCGGUUGUCAUAAAGUAGGUGUGGCUUGUAAUGGCAAAUGUCCAUGUAAGCCACCCUGUAUCUGUACUUUAGAGCAUGCUCCCGUUUGUGGAAAGGACGGGAAAACAUAUGGUAAUAAAUGCCAAGCGGGCUGUCAACAUGUGCUAGUAGCAUGCCAAGGCUCAUGCCCAUGUCAUCAUCAUGAUCAUACCUGUCACGACUGUCUUUCUGAAGGAAUGCAACAAGUUUGUGGGACAGAUCACUUCACUUAUAUAAAUUCAUGUUUUGCAGAAUGUCAGGGAAAGAAAGUCCAAUGCAAAAGUAAAUGUCCAUGUCCAAAGGCGUGUACCUGUACAAAGGAAUAUAAACCCGUCUGUGGGGAAAAUGGUAAAUCCUAUUUGAAUAGCUGCCUUGCAGGUUGUGCGAACGUCGGAAUUAGCUGCAACCAUAAAUGUCCCUGUGGAUACGACUGUCACAAGUGUUCAUCAGCUGGAAUGCACCCUGUAUGUGCCUCACAUGGAGAAACUUUCAUCAAUAAAUGUUUUGCCGCAUGUGGACAACAUGGACAAGCAACAAUACAGUGUGAAGGACCAUGCCCAUGCAAGCUGUAGAUUAAACAAUCAUAACAAUGUUUUGUUGUCUUCGCUUUUAGAGUAACAUUAACGGUGCCAAUUUUACUUACAAAAUGCGCAUUUCGACAUUUAAUGUCUCUUCGUUUGUGCCCGAAGCCAGAAUAUUUAAAAAUCCAAUACCUAAUACAAACUUUGAAAAGCUGAUAAAAGCAAAAAUAACCUAAAAUAUAAUCAAAUCUGUAAAAAAUCCCUGUAUUUAAUUUUGAAAUUAACAUGAUUACUUAGUGAUCUGGAAAACCACUGGGAAACCUACU